AUGAGCGACGGCGGCAUCUUUGAGACGCAAGGCGUCCGCGUUGCCGUCGAGGGCUGUGGCCAUGGCACCCUCAACGCCAUCUACGCCUCGGUCAACGAGUCCUGCAAGGCCCGCGGCUGGGACGGCGUCGACCUCGUCAUCAUCGGGGGCGAUUUCCAGUCGGUGCGCAAUGCCGCAGACUUGGCUGUCAUGUCUGUCCCCGUCAAAUUCCGCCAGCUGGGCGACUUUCCUGACUUCUAUUCGGGCGCGCGCACCGCCCCUUACCUCACUGUCUUCAUCGCCGGCAACCACGAGGCCAGCUCUCACCUCUGGGAGCUCUACUACGGAGGCUGGGUAGCCCCCAACAUCUACUAUCUCGGCGCCGCCAACGUGGUCCGCUUCGGGCCCCUUCGCAUUGCGGCACUCUCGGGAAUCUGGAAGGGCUUUGACUAUCGCAAGCCGCACCACGAGCGGCUGCCCUUCAGCUCCGAUGAUGUCAAGUCCUUCUACCACGUGCGAGAGCUUGACGUGCGCAAGCUGCUUCUCCUCCAAACCCAAGUCGACGUCGGUCUGAGCCAUGACUGGCCGCGGGCCAUAGAGAAACACGGCGACUCGGAGUGGCUCUUCAGGAAGAAGCGAGAUUUUCGUGCCGAGUCCGUGGAUGGCACUCUUGGCAACGCAGCAGCCGAAUACGUCAUGGACCGGCUGCGUCCGCCCUAUUGGUUCUCCGCCCACCUUCAUGUCAAGUUUGCGGCAGUCAAGAGUUACGACAGUCCAGCCCAGAGCCCGGAUGCCUCAGACAAUGGCGGCGAGAUCGUGUCCGCCACUGCCAGAGAGAAAGAAGCAAACCCCGAUGAGAUCGACCUGGACAUGGACGAGGAGGGCGGUGGUGACGGGGCCAGCCAAAAGGGACAAUCCGAGAACAAGGAUGACAACAAGGCCGUUGAGGAAACGAACCAAGUGCCCGAGGAACUACGAGCGCAGCUGCCCGCAUCUUUUGCUCGUCCGGCGCCGAGAGCCAGCACCAAACGCAUCCCAGGCCAACCCGUUCCACCGGGGAUCACGAACAAGCAAGUACGGUUCUUGGCCCUGGACAAAUGUCUCCCGGGACGGCACUUUCUCCAGUUGUGCGAGAUCCAACCCUUCAACCCCCAGGCGCUCUCCGCACACCCGCCAAGGAAGACAGCUCCCCGAUUCCGCCUCCAGUACGACCCCGAGUGGCUUGCCAUCACGCGUGUGUUUCACCAGACGCUCACAAUUGGCGACCGAAAUGCGCAGACGCCCGAGAAUCUUGGCGAGGAGCAUUACCUGCCGCUCAUCGAGGCAGAGAGAGGCUGGGUAGAGGAACAGAUUGUGAGCAAGGACAAGCUGGAUGUCCCCGAAAACUUCCAGGUCACGGCAGCUCCACAUGUCCCCGGUACGCCGGAGAUUGUCCACGAGCAACCUGAGGAAUACACCAGCCCCCAGACGGCCGCGUUCUGCGAGCUCCUCGGGCUCGAGAACCUGUGGAACGCAAGAGCAGGUGCCUGA